AUGCCUCGGGUUCCAUAUUUCAAGCUUGAAAUGAAGACACCAGUACCACAAAUAUCCAUGGAACAACAUGCUGAAUACAUGUCUCCAACUGGCAACCGAUCUUCAAAUCUGGCGCCUGGACAGGCCUGGACCCAUCCACGUUGUUUUAAGAAUUAGAGGAUAUUACAUGAAGAAAAGUCUGAGGACACUAUUGAACACGCAAGUCAAGAGACCGUGACGACUUCGCUGUUCUCUCUCGAGUUGAGGUUUGCAAUAAUGCCGCAGUCAGGAUCGUUUACUGGUGCCGCCAGUGCUGGCUCUAACGAUGCCGAAGAAGUUUCUUUUGGCACCGACAGCUGCAGUGUUGUCAUUUUUGGAGAAACAGGAGCUGGCAAAAGCUCCUUGAUCAAUUUGAUCGCUAGGACAGAAGCGGCACCGACAUCCCCAGACGCCAUGGGAUGUACAGCUGGAACCAAGGAGUACGUGCACGACAUCUCGAUUCAAAACAAGACCUUGAAGGUGAAGCUUUUAGAUACAGCCGGUCUUAAUGAGGGCUCUGAGGGCACAGUCCCCGCCGAGGAAGGUCAUAAAGUUUUGAAGAAGCUCCUUCGAAAGCGCACGGGGCAGGAUGCCAUUAAUCUCAUCAUGUACUGUGUUCAGGGUAAGAAACAGGGUCCUCGAGGAAUCAAGGCACUCUGCCGCAACUACGAAAUAUGCAAGUCUGAAGUUCAGGGACGGAUUCCAAUCGUCCUUGUCGUUACAGGUUUGGAAAACAUGAAAACAGAAAUGGAAGAAUGGUGGAAGAAUAAUGAGCGGUUCAUCUCAGAGCAUAGCAUGACUUUUGCUGGCCACGCAUGUAUCACCACGUUGACUGAUGAUGCAACGCUCAGGGGGCGCAUCGACCAGUCGUACCACGCCGUCUGCAAACUUAUUGAGGAGUGUCGUACAAGGAACGGGCAUCAAAGGGACGGACCUAAAAGGAUCGUACUCUUUGGGGAGGCAGGGGCAGGCAAAAGUUCGGUCGUUAACCUCAUGGCAGGGAAAGAAGUAGCAGCCACAUCUAAUGACACGCAACGCUGUACGCUGCAUUGGCAAGACCAUGCCAUCGACUUUGGUGGCGAGUCUUAUACGGUGUUCGAUACCAUUGGACUCGAGAAGCCGCAAUUGGGAAUCAAUGGGUACCUCGAAUCUGUCGAGAACGUCUAUAGGCUCAUCAAGAAAUUAGACCAACAAGGCGGCAUUGAUCUGCUUCUGUUUUGCAUUCGUGCUGGCAGAUUCAGUCCCGCAAUCCAGAGCAAUUACCGGCUCUUUCACGAAUUCCUCUGCGAGAAGAGGUUCCUAUCGUCCUUGUGUUUACGCACCUUGAAAGGGAGCUGAAGAUGGAGGAUUGGUGGGAGAGACAUCAAAGUACCUUCGAAAAAACAUAUGGGAUCCAGGUCGCUGAUCACGCAUGCAUCACUGCCGCUAACAGAUUGGAUGGCCGACACAAAGUCCUUUAUGAAGAAUCACGCGUCACGGUCCGCACCCUUGUAGAGAAGUUUACUGCUGAGAAGUCAUCAUGGAUAGGAGGAAAUGGCCGGUUCGUGUCAUUCAUGCGUAAGCUGAAGGAGCUACUUCCAGAGCCUCUGGAUCUGAAGAAGAAGGAUAUUGUCUCUCGCCUCAUACAGCGAUGCAGUUUGUCUCCAGACGUCGCAAGACAGUUAGCUGAGAUGAUUAAGCAAGGCUAGUAGAAGUAGUUAUUCUC